AUGCGUUUUACAACAUUAUCAUCAAUCGCUUUAUUUGCAACUAGUAUUUCAGCACAAACAACUGUGCUUGUUGGUUUUACAACUACAAUUAUUGAUAAUACACCAGUUGGUGGAGCUGGUGGUACUCAAGCUCCGCCUCAGCCAGGUACAGAAAAUCAAUUAACAAUUGGUACUGCUGCAACUGGAGAAGCAGAUACAACAAUAACUAAUACUUUAGAAACUACAGUUACUCAACAACCAACUGAAGAAUCACCUCAAACUGCAGUCCCAACUGAACAAACUGAAACAGUUGAUACUGUAGUUCCUACUCAAAAUGAAACAGAAACGGGUGUAGCUACUACAACCGCUCAUAAUGAAACUCACACUGAAGUUGGAGCUAAUACUACAACUGCAACUGGCACUCCAACUGGUGCAGGUAUCAAUGCUACUGGUACUGCAACCGGUACUACCACCACUGCUGUUGCUGAAGCUGCAAGUUUAGUUGCUGGUGCUUCAUUAGCUUAUUUCGUUGCAAUUUUAUUUUUAUAA